AAUUUAGCGAGAAUUCCAUUGGAGAUAGAUCGAUCCAAAGUUAGUCCGAUAGGGGCUGGGAAUAGACCGCUUUCACACGAUCAUCAAACAAAAUUGUAGGACAUCUCAAACUGUUUGCUCUAUGGAGGUUAUCAGGUAACUAACGCCGCGCGCUCGGCACACAUUAGGAAGGAACUCGGCGCAGAAGCUCUUUAAUACCACAGCAGUCGAGGAAGAUGGGUCUCCUUCACCUACUUGUGUUCCUGGUCAUGGUGGCGACAUGCCGGGGUGUGACCACAGAGAAAAUACCCACCACUUUCUGCGAGACUCAACAGCCCUGCAGGAGUGGAGGGACAUGCAGAAACAGUGAAUUCUACCCAUACUACUACUGUAUUUGUCCCAGAUACUACACGGGGCAGAAGUGCGAAUAUAAUUACGGGCCUGUUAAUAUUGGACGUACGACUGGGUAUCCAAAUUAUCAAACAACUGGAUCACCGCUUUGUUCAAAACCAAACCAAGAUACCACCAAUGUUCCGGUGCGUCUUGUUGCCGGUCCUCAUCCACUGGAGGGUCGCCUGGAGGUGUUUUACUGCGACCAGUGGGGGACAGUCUGUGAUGACUCCUUUGACUACAGAAGUGCACGUGUUGUCUGUAAGAUGCUUGGACACGAGUAA